AUGUCUGUCGAAAUCGCCAUGGGCACGCCCCUGGCGGAGGCCUUGAACACGGCAAUUCGACCCAAGCUCGUUGAAUGUGGCUGGGCAUCAGACGGCGGCGACGACUCUCCACUUUCCGAAUACAUUCUUCUCAUGCUGGUCAACGGCAAGACGCAGGACGAGAUCGCAACCGAAUUGGCAACCGAUCUCCUCGGACUUGGACCCGAGGACGAGACUGUAGCACAGUUCGUGCAAUGGCUAUUUGAGCAGAUUGCAAGUUUCAAUGCUCAGAUGAAUGGCGGUAGUGCCCCGGCAUCUGUGCCUCAGGGUGGCGAUAUGGCCAUGGAUCAGGACAUGGACUUUGGCUCAAAUGACCCCCUGGCCGAGCUUAAUGCACCGACAGGCCCUCGGUCCAUGAGGAACGGUGAUAUUCGUGGUGGAAGAGGCAAGCGCAUUCUCGGCCAAAUGAAUCGAGCUAUGGAUAGGACACACGAUUCCGUACUUCACCGAGUCAGAGGCGGCAGCGGCAACGAGCGAAUCAACUCGCACAACCGACAGCCACCAUCCGGCCCGCGCGGCGCCGGUCGCAUGGGCAACCGUGGCAUGAACCACCGAGCUAACAAUAUUGCCCACGGCAUGGCCGCUCAAAUGGGCAUGGCUGGCAUGAACAUGGGCGACCCCAACUUCAUGAUGGCAGGUGCCGCAAAUGGGCAGGGCGAGAUUUUUGCACUUCUUCAGCAGCAAAACCAGAUGAUGGCCGCGCUCUCGCAACAACUUGCCGACUCACAGCGGCAGAAUCAACAUAUGAAUGGCCGCGGUCGCGGAGGACGAUUUGACAGGAAUGACCGAGGUCGUGGAAACCGUCGAGGCGGCCCUCAUGGCGGUGGCCACCACGGACGACAGGAUGAGUCGACGAAUGGAGCAGGCGAAGGCGAGGAUGUCGAUAUGGGCGGCGAGCGUCAACCUGCCAACCCAGAAACCACCAUGUGCAAGUUCAACCUAUCUUGUGGGAAUGGGAACUGCAAGUUCGCUCACCAGUCGCCUGCUGCCCCUGCGGGCAUUACCGUCGACGUCACCGACGUCUGUACUUAUGGUGCAGCAUGCAAGAAUUUCAAAUGUACCGCCAGACAUCCCUCACCCGCCACCCGGCGAGCACAUCAAGGCGAGCAGGAGUGCAAGUUUUAUCCUCACUGCACCAAUCCUAAGUGCCCUUUCAAGCACCCAGAGAUGCCACCCUGCCGCAAUGGAGGCGAUUGCCAGGUUGAAGGUUGCAAGUUCACCCACCUCCAGACGAUGUGCAAAUUCAACCCCUGCACCAACCGCUACUGCCCCUACAAGCACGAGGACGGCCAGCGUGGAACCUUUCCCGACAAGGUAUGGACAGCCAAUGGAUCCAGCAAUGGACAUGUCAGCGAUCGGCAGUUUACUAGCAACGAAGCCGAAGAGAAGGUACUUCCAGGCUCGGAACAUGUUGCCAUGGACGAGGAGAUUGCUUAG